GAGUUGCUGCCGCUGGAAAUAUUAGUUUCGAGCAGAGCGAACGACGCGUUGGAGCCACCGUAAAACCCUCAAAGGACUAUUACUAAAUUACCUAAAGCCCCAAAGGAUAUCCUCUUAAAAGAGCACCAUGAACAGAAAUUACAUUGUCAUACUGCAGCUGCUGGGAGUGCUGGUGGUGCUGACCUACGCAAGUGCGAUCCCCAAAUACGAAGAUAGCCACAAGUUCUAUGCGGAUAAGGCGCAGCGGGAUAGAUCGUACUAUAACGAGAACAAGACCCAGCCCAGUGAACCACAGGCAGCUUCCACAAAGGACAGACUGGAACGCCUGGGCUAUACCACUGGCUACGGAUCCCUAAAUGGUUAUCCUGGCGGCACUGGACUAUCCGCCUACAAUCCCAUAAAACUGGACCUGGGCGGCGUUGUCCUGGGCACUCUCGUGGGCAUUGGCGCCAUCAUACUGAUUCCCAAGAUCCUAUCCGCCUUCCAUGGUGGUUAUGGCGGAUAUGGCCGCAGCGAGGACAGCGACCUAACACCUCUGAGCAGCAUGAUAAACAAGAUUGACGAUGUUUUGGGUCAGAACAAUAUUGACUCUACGAGUUGCAUGCAGCGUGCUGUGUGUGGUUAUGUGCGCUCUACGGAAUAUAAUAUGAAGACCGGAUCCUCAGACCAGAUGGACGAAUUUAUUCAUAUGCUGGCGGAAAAUGCCCUGGUGGAUUACCUCCUCGAUGGAACGGCCAUAAAGGAGGCAUUGGAGCAUGGAAAGCGAGCCAACGAUAGAGCCUGUGAAGAAGUGUACUCCAAUUGUCCACUGGACAGUAAAUCAGCUACUGAUAUUCUAAUGAAGCUGAUGCCAAAGAAAACCCCACAAGGAAAAGGAAAAUCAAGUGGAAUUUCCCGGGAAAAGAAGGUUUAGUUAAUGUUGUUAUCUUAAAUGUCAAAAAGAUUGGUUUCCAUACGCAUACAACCAAAUAUUUUCUUCACAUAUCAAUAAACUCCAUUGUGUUAUCUUUA